AUGCUGCUGUUUGUUCUAUUGGCACUUUCUGUAUCAAGAUCGUUUUCUAACUCGGAUUCUGGCCUUUCCACGGAGACCUGCAGUGUUUGUUCUUGUAUGUCCAUUGAAAAUGUCCUUUAUGUGAACUGUGAGAAAAUAACUGUUUACAGACCUACAGAGCUGCAACCACCUGCAACUUCUAGCCUGUACCAUCUGAAUUUUCAGAAUAACCUCCUGUACGUUCUUUACCCUAAUUCUUUUCUGAAUUUCACGCAUGCAGUAUCUCUACAGCUGGGAAACAACAAAUUACAGAACAUCGAAGGAGGGGCCUUUUCUGGGCUGAGUGCACUAAAGCAGUUGCACUUAAAUAACAAUGAAUUAAAAGAGCUACGUGCUGACACUUUCCGUGGAAUCGAGAACUUGGAAUACCUCCAGGCCGACUACAAUUUAAUCAAAUUUAUUGAAAAGGGAGCCUUCAACAAGCUACAUAAACUCAAAGUUGUUAUACUUAAUGAUAAUCUCAUCCAGAUCUUACCUGAAAACAUUUUUCGCUUUGCCUCCCUGACACAUUUGGAUAUUAGAGGAAACAGGAUACAAAAGCUACCUUACCUUGGACUUUUGGAGCAUAUUGGUAGAAUUGUGGAGUUGCAGCUUGACGACAACCCAUGGAAUUGCACUUGUGACUUAUUGCCAUUAAAGGCCUGGCUAGAAAACAUGCCCUAUAAUAUUUUCAUUGGUGAAGCUGUAUGUGAAACCCCCACUGACUUAUAUGGACGGCUUUUGAAAGAGACAAAUAAGCAAGAACUUUGUCCCAUGGGAGCAGGUAGUGAUUUUGAUGUCAGAAUGCCACCCUCCCAUCCUGAGGAUGGCCAGGCAACAUCAAAUGUAGUAUCAACCACAAUAGCAUCAACGGCUACCAAAGUACCCAAAACAACCAGCUCCUCAAAGGUUUAUGGCAAUGGAAUUGUUGCUGGUAUUCCAUUUGGUAAAAAUGGUCCAAUUAUUUCCUAUCAAACCAGAGUCCCCCCCCUUUCCUGUCCACAGCCAUGCACUUGCAAAGCUCAUUCAUCUGACUUUGGAAUUAGUGUCAGCUGCCAAGAGAGGAAUAUCAACAGUUUAGCAGAUAUUGCACCCAAGCCACCAAAUUCCAAGAAGUUGCAUCUCAGUGGUAAUUAUAUCAAGGAUCUAAGUCCAUCUGAUUUCCAGGGAUUUGAGGGCUUAGAUUUACUACAUUUGGGUAGUAAUCAAAUAGCUACUGUUCGAAAGGGAGUCUUUGCAAAUUUGACAAACCUAAGGAGAUUGUAUUUAAAUGGAAAUCAAAUUGAGCAGCUCCAUCCUGAGAUGUUUCUUGGCCUUUCUAACCUCCAAUAUUUAUUCUUGGAAUUCAAUGCCAUAAAAGAGAUAUUAGCUGGAACAUUUGAUUCCAUGCCAAGUCUUCAACUCUUAUAUCUUAAUAAUAAUGUCCUUAGGAGUUUGCCUGCCUACAUAUUUGAUAAUGUUCCCCUGGCUCGACUGAAUCUGAAAUACAACCAGUUCAUGAAUUUGCCUGUAAGUGGUGUUUUGGAUCAGCUGAGGUCACUCACUCAGAUAGAUCUGGAAGGGAAUCCCUGGGAGUGUUCAUGUGAUUUAGUGGCUUUGAAGCUCUGGCUUGAGAAGCAUGAUGGACAGGUUGCUGUAAAAGAGGUGAAAUGCGCAUCCCCUUUACAGUUCUUUGAUAUAGAAUUGCGUAAUCUUAAGAAUGAAAUUCUGUGCCCCAAGCUUAUAGCACAACCCCCCCUUAUACCGACCAGUUCCAUGACAAUUCCUUCAUCAGUGGUCUCACCAGGUGUGGGGAAGAUGUCGCCGGGAGGCCCAGUGCCCUUGUCCAUCAUGAUUCUUAGCAUUUUGGUGGUUUUAAUUCUUACUGUUUUUGUUGCCUUCUGCCUCCUUAUCUUUGUGCUGAGGCGCAACAAAAAGCCAGCUGUAAGACAAGAGGGUUUGGGAAGCCAAGAAUGUGGCUCCAUGCCAAUUAAGUUAAGACGACAUAACCAUAAAUACAACAAAAAUGAUGAUCUAGGUGGGGAGACAUUCAUCCCUCAGACCAUAGAGCAUAUGAGUAAAAGUCACACCUGUGGGAUCAGAGACUCUGAAUCAGGUUUUAAAUUUACUGACUCUCAAAGACAGAAAAUAAUCCUCUGCAAUAGCGCUGACAAAGACAAAGAUUCUCUUCCCCUGGACCCCAGGAAGAGGCUGAGUACUAUCGAUGAGUUGGAUGAAUUUCUUCCAGGAAGGGAGUCUACCAUGUCCCUUCACCACUACUUAAGGAACAAAAAGGAUUUCAAUACCAUAGGUGUCAGUGGAUUUGAAAUUCGUUACCCAGAGAAAACACAGGACAGAAAAGCGAAAAAGUCUUUGAUAGGGGGUAACCACAGUAAGAUAGUAGUGGAGCAGCGCAAGAGUGAAUAUUAUGAACUAAAAGCAAAACUACAAGGUACACCUGACUACCUUCAAGUGUUAGAAGAACAGACAACCAUGAGUCAAAUUUAGUCAUUUACCACCCUUUUUUCUUUAGUCAAAAGUGCCUUCUGAAAGAACAAAUUGACUGGAGCAUGACUGACGGAAGUGAAUGUUAGAAACUGUAAUUGUGUUACAAAUUUGAAUGCUUUCCAUUGUAAUGAUUCUAUAAUUUUAUAAAUGAUAUCAUCUGAUGAAACAAGCAUUUAUUUUUUGUGUUGUCGCUGCUACCAGAAUGAGUUAUUUCUUUCUCUUUCUUUUUGUCUUCUGAAUUUCUUGUCUUUCUUUACUCUUUAUUAUUUUGUACACCAAAUCAGUGGAUAUUUGAAAGUGUGUUGUGUUUACCUUUGCAAUUCAUUUAUAUAUCAACCAUGUUUGUUUUUGAACAAUUCAUAGGGUGCUGUAACUAAUUUAACAUAUGGGGCUGCUCAUUUUUAUCUUGUGGUAAAUGAUAAUCUCUCCACCGUGGUAACAGUUUUCUCCUGGUAAGAUGAUACUAGUUAUUAAAUGUCAUCACUCAGAAAGCUGUUGGAUAUAAUGCAUCCAUAAACUAUUUCUGCAAAGGAACAUUUUGUCAUUAUCCUCAUAAAUGUCAUUGCUCUUGAGGUGUUUGGAGAUGGCAUAUAAAUGGACAUUUCAUCAGCCCAAGUGAAAAAGCUGCUUGCCAUGUAAGCGUAUAUGAAUUUAUUUUGUAAAUUGACAUUGUUUGUAUUUGUUGUGGAGUUUGUAAAUUACAAUGGUCAACAAUGAAAGAAAUAAUCCCAUGAAGAAUUAUAUUGUGUCAAGAACAUAAAACUCUAAUUAUCAUGUUUUAUGGUCACCAUCAAAUGUAAAUGCAUAGUGUGAUUACCCUCAUAUUUAAUUUAUUUUUCUAUGCAGAAUUAUUUAAAGAACAUAUACUAUUUAAAUAUUCAAGGAACAUAUAGAAUGCUUAACACUAUUUGGGCUUUGUCUACAGAGCCAUGAAUUACUUAUCAGCAUACAACUUUGUUUUAAAUGGAGUUGCUGUAGGGAAUUGUCUACUGAUAUAAUGAGAGGAUGCGAAUUUACCAUAUUUUUCGAUUUUACUGUAUGUUUGCAUGAGCUGAUGCGUCAUAGUUUCAGUCUUACGGUUUUCUUGCUCUUACAUCCCAGAGAAAGUUGUAAAAGGUUUCUUACGCAACCAAAAGAGUGCAUUUAAGUGAAAUGCUUUGACAUUCUUGUGAAACAGGACUUCAGUUAACCGCAACUUUGUGUAAUAUAUCAAAAUGUUUUUGAAGUGUAUGAAAUGAGAUUUUAACUGGAAAUUAGGGGUAUAUUAUUUUUAAUACUUCAGAAAGGCAGUUGGGCGUUCAUGGAGUAUUCAAAAUACAAUGUGUUUAUCAUAGCUUCUGAUGAAAACAGAAUUAUAUAUCACACCAUGUGCAAUAUCAAAAUGCUCAAUUGUAUUAGCUUAUAUUCUUCUUUUUUGUAACUGCUUGUUCAAGUAAAUAUUGUAGAGGUUUUCAGAUAUUCAGAAAUCUUCAUGAACUUGAUUUAUUUCAUCCUUUAAGAUAUU